CCUAUCCAGAUCCACAUCUAAUUCGACUCGUGCAUUGGUAAAAACUGUUAACCAAAUUAUGUUCCGGAGAACCUUUAGCCCGAGCAUCUUCCAGUAUCUAGCAGCAAUAACUGGAGCUUUCGCUGCGACCAGUUAUGGCAUCAACUCCAGCUGGACCUCACCAUUCUCCAUCUACCUAACCUCAACCUCAUCGAUCAUCCCCAUGACCAGCGAAUCUCUAUCUUGGUGCGCUAUAUCGCCUCUAAUGGGCUGCUUCAUCGGUGCCCUAAUAGCUGCCAACAUCUCGGACAGAAUCGGAAGAAAGUCCACCAUCUUGAUAAUGGCGCCAGUGGUGUUCCUAUGCUGCAUCGGCAUAGGCUACGUGAGGAACAUCUGGUACCUGGUGGUGCUCAGAAUGAUCAUAGGGGUGACUGAUGGUGCCGUGUUCACAGCUUUGCCCAUGUACAUAGGAGAAAUAGCCGAGCCGAGAAUCAGAGGCUUCCUGUCUUCCCUAGUAUGCUUGUUCUUCAUAAGCGGGGUGCUGAUCAUCAACACCAUAGGAUCUUUCUUCACGAUACACACCUGCAGUAUGAUCAGUGCUUGUAUACCAGUCCUGCAUUUCAUUGGGUUCUGCUUCAUGCCAGAAUCGCCGUAUUAUUACAUCAAAGCGAAGCAGUACAAGCGAGCAGAGGAAUCUUUGAUGGUACUGCGGGGUACUAGCAAUGUCAGCAAUGAAUUCCAGGUGAUGACGGAAGCAGUUAGGUUGCAAGAGGAUAUGGUGGAGAAGCCGAAGAUAACCGAUCUGUUCACCAUCCCUAGCAACCGUAAGGCGUUAUCCAUCUUCGUGAUCAUUUGCCUAGCUAAUAGAGCUAGCGGUAAGGGCCCACUGAUGUACUUCACAAGGAUGAUUUUCGCAUUGUCUGGUAGCGAUCUGAAUGUGACCAUGUGUACGCUAGUAUACUGUGGGGUUGAGCUGGUCAUAGUGAUGAUAGCUACUUACUUCAUAGUAGACAGAUUCGGAAAAAGGUUUCUGACCAUCACUUCGUCAGUUGGUUGCAUAGUGACUCUUAGUAUACUGACGAGUUACUUUUUGCUGUUGCAUCUGCAGUGCAGUAUCAUCAGUCAUCUGAAUUGGCUUCCUUUGACGACUCUAUUGAUUUACAAUGUGUUUUUCAGUAUUGGUAUUUCCUUCACUCAUAUGUGCUAUCUGAGUGAGCUGUUUCCUACUAGUGUGAAAGCUACAGCUUUGAGUUUUGCUGAAAUAUUCACGGUUGUGACAGGAGCUAUUGGGACCAAGUUUUUCCAAAUGACAAUUGAUUAUUCUGGGACACUAUGGGUGCCAUUUUGUUGUUUUGCAACACUGAGCCUGAUUUCAUUAUUUGCAAUUAUAAAGUUUGUGCCCGAAACUAAAGGAAAGAGUUUGGAAGAGAUUCAGUUGUUCUUGAGAGAAGGAAAUAUUAAGACAAAAUUGAUCAAACUUUAGGAUCAUUUUUGUGAUAUUCAUUCAGAUUCCUUAUUUUGGCA